UUUUCCUUUAGUUGCAAGUUGAAAUUGAAAGUGUUAAGAAAGUUAUAUUUUUUUUUUAUUUGGAAAAGAAAUGCUCGUGUAAAAAUAGUUAGAUAAUGUGGAAAAAUUUAUUAAUAAUCAUAAUGGUGUUUGGUCAUUUAUUUAUAAUGAACCAUGGACUGACCAUAAGAGCUUUGUCGGCUGAGGAAGAGGAUGAAACUACUUCUACUUCUAAAACCGUGACCGAGAGUAGUUAUCGCAAAUCGGUGGCCAAGAUACAGGAAACUUCCUAUAGAGUUCCGGAACAUUUGCAAUUUGUUCCUAAAGGUUUUAUCUAUGAAGAUGCUGAUGAUGUUAUACAUGUCAUAGAUCCUCCCAAACAUUUUGAGGAAUUAAAGAAAAUCAUGCAAAGACAGGAGCAGCGACAGCUACACAAUCUUCGGCCUAUAGCCUUAAGAGAGCAAAGACCUAAACCAAAAAUAUUAAAAACUACUCUACCUUUGAAAUCAGAUAUAAAAAUAAAUUUGAAAAAACCUUCGGUGCAAAUGGAUUUAGAAACCCAAGAGUCGGAGCAUUUGCCUUUGGAAAUUUUAGCUUCAGUGCGUAAAACUGAAAAUUAUUUAAGGAAAUAUAAACCCAAAUUACCGGCGGUAAAGCAGCGUUUACAAACUCAGAAAAUUCAAACAGUAAUAUGGGAAAAGUCCCAGGAACAGCAGCAAUAUCAACAGGGACAAGAUCAUCGAUUACAAGGUAUCAGAGAGCAGCAGCAGCAGCAAUAUCAACAGGGACAAGAUCAUCGUGUACAAGGAGUCAGAGAUCAGCAACAAAAUCAAAAGGGACCGGAAUAUCGUUUAAAAGGGAUAAAAGAUCAGCAAGGACAAGAUCAUCGUUUACAAGGAGUCAGAGAUCAGCAGCAAAAUCAAAAGGGACCAGAACAUCGUUUAAAAGGAAUCAGAGAUCAGCAAGAAUAUCAACAAGGACAAGAUCAUCGGCUACAAGGGUUAAGAGAGCAGCAAAAAUAUCAACAGGGACCAGAACAUAGGAUACAAGGUUCUAGAGAGCAGCUACCCAAUCGUCGUUACUUUAACAAAAAACGUUCUAAACGUGAAGCUCCUGGAGCUCUUAAAGGCGACAAAUUAAUAAACCACAUUAAUGAUCUCAUCAAAAAUGCUUCUCUAUAUCUAGAACAAACACAGGACUAUCCCGAUACAGAUUUAGAAUCACCUACAACCCCAGCCUAUGAACAUUUACUUAAAACUACACAAUUUCCCAAAACCAACACGGACAUCGAUGAAGAUAUGGUGGUGAAAAUAUUAGAAAAUUCCAUUAGAGCCACUAAUGUCAUAAUGCAACAGAUCAAAAGACAAACAAAUAUAAGUGAAAUUUCCGAAAAAUGUGACUAUGUGAAGGUUACUUAUCCGAAUCAUAUAAAAAAUUUUGAAAAUCAAAUAAACUGUAUGCAAAAUUUCAUCAAAGAUCUAAAUCGCAGCAGACAAGAAAAAGCUCAAAGAGUCACACGAAAAUAUGGUGAACGUUUAGAGGCGCGCAAAACAAAAGACUUAAAACACAAACCUUUUUUAGUGGCACAACUAGCAGCGGAUUAUAUAGAUUCAGCUGAACCUUCACCCGUUAAUAGUUCUUUAAUCUAUGAUGAUGUUAUGACUACCAUACGUAAUAUGCUAGAAACACAAAAUCUACAAUCUAUAGAUGAUUCGAACACAGCGACCAGUGAUACCACAUGGCAAGAUUCUUUAGCUGAAUCAUCUUUUACUUACGACAAAUCGCCCGAACCAGUGGAUUUUCAUAAUCUACAACAAUAUUUAACAUCUCUACAGUCGAUUGUUACCAAUUUGCCUAAAUUCAGUCAUAAACUAUUAAAUUUACGUGAAUUAGACACUGGCUCCACCUCCAAAUAUUAUUUUAUUAAUCCACAAGGUUCUAUUUACAAUUUGCCUCAACCUUUUCAAAAAGAUAUAACUACACCAUCGCCACCAUCAACCAUAUUUCAUCGAUUUCCCGAUUUACCCAUUGUAACGGAAUAUCUUAAAAAUGGCACUCUUUUACCACCUUCUCAGCAUGUGGUGGAGAUUUUAAAAUGAAAUUUUUGUUAUUUUCAUUUUUAAGAUUUAAAAACAAAUAAAAUAUAAAUUUUUACAAUAAAUAAAAAAA